CGUACUUGCUAUACGUUUCCGCACAGGCGCACAUGAUCCUCACUUCUCCACUCUUUAAAUACUAAUGUUUCAAAUUACAAGAAUCUAUAGCUCUCUGCCUCUCUCCAAAACGUAAUCGACAUUAACAAAAACAGAGAGCAACAAGAAUCCAACUCCUUCCUCAUCUGCUAAUACUCAAAUGGCACGCAUACAGUUUUCGAUCAUCUUAUUUGCUCUAUAUCUUCUCCAGCUACUUUCAGGCACAUUAUCAGCAACGUUUACAAUAACAAACAAGUGCAGCUACACAGUCUGGCCAGGGAUACUUUCUGGAGCUGGAACCCCACAACUUUCCACCACAGGCUUCUCUCUGGAAUCAGGCCAGUCAACUUCAAUCUCGGUGCCUACUUCUUGGUCAGGACGUUUAUGGGGUCGCACUUUCUGCACCCAAGACUCCACAACUAACAAAUUCACUUGCCUAACCGGUGACUGUGGCUCUGGCACUCCAGAAUGCUCUGGUAGUGGAGCAGCCCCUCCUGCCACCCUGGCUGAAUUCACUCUAAACGGUGCAGACGGGCUCGAUUUUUACGACAUUAGUCUUGUUGACGGCUAUAACCUUCCCAUGCUGGUUACACCCCAAGGUGGAAGUGGAGGGAACUGUACUAUAACUGGAUGUGUUGUGGACUUGAACAAUGGAUGUCCGACGGAGCUUAAGGUUACUGAAACGGCGAAUGGCGAGGCCGUUGCCUGUAAAAGCGCAUGUGAAGCAUUUGGUGAUCCUCAAUAUUGCUGCAGUGGAGCAUAUGCAACACCAGAUACAUGCAAGCCAAGUUCUUACUCCAUGUUUUUCAAAACUGCGUGUCCUAAAGCUUACAGCUACGCCUACGAUGAUGGAACAAGUACCUUCACUUGUGCCGCCGCCGAUUAUGCUAUCACUUUCUGUCCUAGUCCAAGCACAAGUGUCAAGUCCGCCAAUGGCCAAUUCCCGGGGGCUGCUAAUGUAUCAGCCGGCUCUCGACAUUCAACGCCCACUUCCAUCAGUGCUACCAUCGUAAUUUCAGCCGCAAUUGGGAAGUUUUGGAUGUAUUAUUUGAAAUGUCUUAAGUUCAGUUCACCCAAAUUACUUGUGACCACUGAAGAAAUUUACUUAAUUGUUAACUUUAAAGUUCCUCUUACUGCCCUUUUUAACUUUUUUGGGCUUGGGAAUUUUGCUCAUUUAGCCUCAGGCUAACGUCUUAGGUCCACUGAGUGGGUCCUGCAGGGUUUCGAGAUGCUGCAGGCAGCUUGCCUCAAAACUUGGACGGCAAAAAUAAGGCCCAAAUGGUCAACUCGCUUAGACACUAGCCUGCAACACCAUUCUGGGAAUUCUUUAAUCGAAUUUCAGGUGAGAAAUGUGGGAGGAUACAAAUGAGACAUAUAUACAUCAGCAGUCACGUUGCUUGAUUUGAAGACACAAACUAUGACUCGGCGCUAGCGUAUUGAAGUUUGUUUUUUUAAUAUUUGAUUUUCUUAUUUCAAAUUUUCAAUACUAAAGAAGUAGUGGAGGAGGGAAUUAUUAAUUGAGUAUGUGUAAGGUUUAGCAACCGUCCGUCUAGUAUUGCCAAUCGAGAAGAGAUGAUGAGUUCAUAUAUAUUCU